CGGGGGCGGCAGCGCCGGCGCCGCGGCGGCCUCUGCCAAGAGCGCACCCGGGCCGCCAACCCCGCUGCUCGCUCUGCUGCGCUGCCGCCCCCCGUCCUCCGGGCAGCGACGAGCUCUGCCGACACGUUGGAGACACCCGCACGGAGCCGGCACCGCUGGGCGCUCGCUGCCCCGAGGUCGCUGAGGAGCUGCCCCAGUGCCCCUUGUGCGGGCAGGUGGUGGGGCGGGAGCUGGAGACUCACGUCAGGGCGCGGCACGGGCGACUGCUGGGGACAUCGGGCACAGAGACAGAAAAUUGUGAGCAGCUGUAUGAAUGUCCAAUGUGCAGUCUUACUUGUACAAACAUUCAUAUUCUUGAAGAACAUGUGAAUUUACACUUAGAGGAACAUAGCUUCUCAGAUGAUGGAAACAUAAGAGAUCUAGAACUGGCUCAGUGGCUCCAAACUGAAGAAGAUAAACGGCAGAGAUCAGAAGAAGAGAAGCGAGAGAGGGAAGAAUUUAAAAAGCUGCAGAGACAGUAUGGCUUGGAUAAUUCUGGAGGGUACAAGCAGCAGUUCCUGAAGAGUAUGGAAAGGGAAGUUGAUAGAGGAAGAAUGCAGCCUUUUGAAUAUCACAAGAGAAAAGCAGACAUGAUGGAAUGUUUGGCUUCUGGUAUAGAUGAUGGGAAAACAAAGACCUCAGGAGUCAUUGAAGCAUUGUGCAAGUACUAUCAGAAUGAGAACAAAGAUGUGAAGCGUGUAUGGCUUUCCACAGGAGUAGAUCACUUCCACUCAUCUUUGGGCGACAGAGGCUGGGGUUGUGGAUACAGGAAUUUCCAAAUGCUCCUUUCCUCACUGUUGCAAAACAGCUUGUAUAAUGACUGCUUGAGAGAUACUACACUAAUUCCUAGUAUACCAAAGAUUCAGUCCAUGAUUGAAGAUGCCUGGAGAGAAGGCUUUGAUCCGCAUGGAGCAUCUCACUUCAACAGCAGAUUGCGUGGCUCCAAAGCAUGGAUAGGAGCAUGUGAAAUUUAUUCACUGUUAACAAAUCUCAGGAUAAAGUGUCGAAUCAUUGACUUUCACAAACCAACUGGUCCCAUGGGUACACACCCUCGUUUAUUCGAGUGGAUUUUGCAUUACUAUUCUACAGAUAAUGAAGGAGGUGCAAGGGUAGUGUGUACUUCCAAACCACCUAUCUACUUGCAACAUCAAGGUCAUAGUCGUACUGUUGUUGGAAUAGAAGAGAAGAAGAAUAAAGCCUUAUGUUUGCUACUGUUUGACCCGGGUUGUCCUUCCCAAGAAAUGCAGAAACUGCUAAAACAAAACAGUGGUGGUACUAAUCUCAAACUACUUCGGAAAUUUGUGGGUAGCUUAAAAGAGAAGCAGUACCAGAUAGUGGCUGUAGAUGGUGUACUCUCAUUGGAAGAGAAAGCUGCUCGCUGCUGUGCUUCUCAGAUCUUAACAUCAGAGAAGAUUCCUUAAAGGAUGCCUUUAUUUACCUCUUUUGGAAUCUGCUGGAUGCAAAACAUUAGACUUCUGGACUGUGACCCUAGCUCAACAAUUUCUAGACUUAAACUAUAUCUCCAUAAAUGUCUGAGUGCCCUGUAGAAGCACAACACCUAGAGUAAAUUUGUAGUGUUCAUCUUCAGUCAAAACUUCUGCCCUGAUGGAUCUGUAACCCUGAACUAAUAAAGUUAUUGUGUUACAAGAAAAGUUGCUAUUUUCCUAGUAGGUUAAAUGACAAAGCAGCACCUACCACCCUGUGGCAAACUACUGCACCAUAGUUAACUGUCAGUAAGUAGUAGAUAGAGAUAUUGGAGUGCCCCUGUAAAUAUAUUUAUACUGACUCUGUCACCACUUCUCUAUUUCUUGCCAAUUUUGAUCAACAAAUACCUGUUAUGCCUCAGCAAAUUCUCCUGCAACUAUUUGCAAGUACAGGGACAGUACAGUGAUUUCACAUAAUACAAUCUCUUCUGCCAGGGAACAGUUUACUACUGAACUUCUUUUCAGUUUUCUGGCUUGCCCAGUUUUCACUUGUAAACAUGAACCUGUGUGCUUAUGAGGUAAGUCAGUAUUAACAUUUGCCCCUAAUAGUGAUUCUAACUCUGAUCCUAUCUUAAACCUCAUAGUUAAAGGUCUAAGAUAGUGGGUGUCCGAAGUGGGGUGUGUGGGCUCUAGGGGCUGUGCAAGGCAAUCCAUUUAUGAGAUUUUUCUUUUGUACCAUUAAUAAAUAAAUAAAAUAAAUUAGAAUAGAAGUGUUCAUUUCA